CUGCCUUCCCACUUAUUUGCAUGAGUUAUAUGGGCUAAUGGAGGCGAUCAUGGCUAGUUAGUGUUAGCUUGAUGUGCAGGAGGAGGAUUCCUGUGAACGCUGGAAGAACAGGUGCCCAGAAACAAGGGUUUUUACUUCUACCUCCCUUUCUUCUUCCUACCCCUCUAUCCCCCCUAAACUUUCUAAAAUGGUAUCCAAGUUAUCAUCACUGCAGCAGGAACUUCUCAAUGCCCUCCUGAAUUCUGGAGUAACCAAAGAUGUUCUGAUGCAAGCUUUGGAAGAUAUGAUCCCCACACCCAGUUUUGGGGUCAAACUGGAAAACCUACAGAUGUCACCAGUGCAUGAUCCAGACACCAAACCUGUUUUCCAUACUCUGACUAAUGGCCACAGCAAGGGGAAACUAUCUGGAGAUGAGGGUUCAGAAGAUGGAGAUGACUAUGACACCCCACCAAUACUCAAAGAGCUCCAGUCUCUUAACACUGAGGAAGCUGCAGAGCAAAGGGCUGAGGUUGACAGGAUGUUAAGUGAGGAUCCGUGGAGAGCAGCAAAGAUGAUAAAAGGUUAUAUGCAGCAGCACAACAUUCCCCAAAGGGAAGUGGUGGAUAUUACGGGUUUGAACCAAUCCCAUCUCUCACAACACCUCAACAAAGGAACACCAAUGAAGACCCAAAAACGAGCUGCUUUAUACACUUGGUACGUGCGGAAACAAAGAGAGAUUUUAAGACAAUUCAACCAGGGUACUGGGAAUAUGACAGACAAAAGCAGUCAGGAUCAGCUGCUGUUUCUCUUUCCAGAGUUCAACCAGCAAGCUCAUGUCCCAGGGCAGCCUGAUGACUCCUGUUCAGAGCCUGCUAAUAAAAAAAUGAGACGCAACCGCUUCAAAUGGGGUCCUGCAUCACAACACAUUCUCUACCAAGCUUACGAAAGGCAAAAGAAUCCCAGCAAGGAAGAGAGAGAAGCUUUAGUUGAAGAGUGUAACAGAGCAGAGUGUCUUCAGCGUGGUGUUUCUCCAUCAAAGGCACAUGGACUAGGGUCAAACUUGGUCACAGAAGUACGUGUUUAUAACUGGUUUGCAAACAGAAGGAAAGAAGAAGCAUUUCGUCAGAAACUGGCUAUGGACGCUUACAGCACUGGAACACCACACUCUCAUAGCAUGAACCCUCUCCUGUCACAUGCAUCGCCACACCACACUCAACAAAGCUCUUCUCCUCCAAGCAAACUGCAAGGGGUGAGAUAUAAUCAGCAAGGAAACAGUGAAGUCACUUCAUCGUCAACUAUUAGUCACCAUGGAAACAAUGCUAUGGUGACCAGCCAGUCUGCCUUACAGCAAGUUUCUCCAGCGACCUUGGAUGCUGGCCAUAACAUGCUUUCACCUGAUGGUAAAUUGAUCUCUGUUUCUGUGGGAGGAGGGCUGCCUCCAGUGAGCACCUUGACCAAUAUCCACAGUUUAUCCCAGUCAGUUCAUCAAAAUCCACAUCAUUCUCAGAAUCUUCUCAUGGCCCCUAUCUCUGGAGUAAUGGCUAUAGCACAAAAUCUGAACACUACCCAGGCACAGAGUGUACCAGUCAUAAACAGUGUGGCAGGGAGCCUAGCAGCCUUACAGUCGGUGCAGUUUUCACAGCAGCUUCACAAUCCCCAUCAACAGCAAAUCAUGCAGCAGUCGCCUGGUCACAUGGCACAACAGCCAUUUAUGGCCACAGUGACUCAACUACAGAAUUCGCACAUGUAUUCACACAAGCAGGAGCCUCCCCAGUAUUCACACACAUCCCGAUUUCCGUCAGCCAUGGUAGUCACGGACACCAGCAGCAUCAGUACAUUAACAAACAUGACUUCAAGUAAACAGUGUCCUUUGCAAGCCUGGUGAUUUUCUGCACUUCAAAGACAUUAACACUCAGGGCAUUGACUAUUGCCUCAGAAAACUUUUAACAAUUUGUUCUGCUGUGGACUUUUUAAGCAGGGUAUCUGAUCAAGGUGGAAUGCUCUGAAAGACUAGAGAUGAGCGGACAAUGAGCUGCCCUGCUGCCUUAUUCUGUCUUCAUUUGCAGUAUUUCCAGAAAUCUUCAAGAUGGAAGAUUUUUUUUGUUGUUUUUCUUUUAACACGGGAAACAGGAAGUGACCAAAGUGGAAUUAUGGGAUUGCUUGGACAAGAAUACAGAGACUGCUCUGAAACCUAGAGAACUGGAAAACUAGGAGGAGGAAACUAUGCAUUACAUUCAUUUGAGCCAUUGUAAAUAUUGCUGUAAUAAAAAACAAAGAAAUGUAAAAGAUUUCUUUAUAAGAAAUGAAUUUGUGGAAUAUCAGUAAACUGUAAACACAGUACAAUUGUAUUUGUACAUAAGCUUGGGUUUUUCUUCACAAAAAUGACGCAAAACAAUGGAAAAAAGGUCAACUAUGCAACUAUAUGAAGACGUUUGAAGCACGUGCAAGGAUACAAUCAGGGAUAUUUAGAUAGCUUAUAAUUA